AUAUAAGGAGAAGCCGGUGAGCAGGCACCACAUCCCCAGGCAUUCCAGGUCAUCUGUCCUCACCACCAAGACCAUGCUGUCUUCAGGCACCAUCUGCAGUUUGCUGCUACUCAGCAUGCUCUGGAUGGACAUGGCCAUGGCAGGCUCCAGCUUCCUGAGCCCAGAGCACCAGAAAGCCCAGCAGAGAAAGGAAUCCAAGAAGCCACCAGCUAAACUGCAGCCACGAGCUCUGGAAGGCUGGCUCCACCCAGAGGACAGAGGACAAGCAGAAGAGACAGAGGAGGAGCUGGAGAUCAGGUUCAAUGCUCCCUUCGAUGUUGGCAUCAAGCUGUCAGGAGCUCAGUAUCAGCAGCAUGGCCGGGCCCUGGGGAAGUUUCUUCAGGAUAUCCUCUGGGAAGAGGUCAAAGAGGCGCCAGCUGACAAGUAACCACGGACAGGCCUGACCCCCGUGCUUUCCUUCUCCUGAGCAAGAACUCACAUCCGCCUCAGCCUCCUCGGCAACUCCCAGCACUCUCCUACCACUUUAAGAAUAAAUGUUCACCUGUAUGCCAAAUGUUC